AUCGAAUUUCCCAAAAAAAAAAAAAGAAAAAAAACAUUCUUACAACCAAUAUCUUCACUGCUACCCAUAAGGAACUCUGAAAAGGUUAUACUAACCAGCGCCAUUCGAUCCAACGAGAAGGCACCGAUCACCGGACUUGAGAGUGAGAGAGAAAUCAUCUAUCAGAGGCUUCGACCCAGGCGGUGGGUGCCCGUCGAUUCCUGGAUAUGUGAAUCUCAGGCCGUUUAUCUCUAUUGUUGGUUCUUGAUGAUCCACGACGCCCAUCUUCCUCUCUCUACAAAAGAUAUGGAGAAGGAACACGUGGCUCUUUAAGGGGUGUCAAUUGUAAGGACCAAAUAGGGUUCCACGGGACAAAUGGUGCAGAUCUAUUCCGAGAGAAGUGUCUGGAAAUGGCAGCCAUUUACAGCUUAUACAUUAUCAACAAAUCAGGUGGUUUGAUCUUCUACAAGGAUUAUGGAUCUGCUGGACGGAUGGAUACAAAUGAUAGCUUACGAGUAGCUAGUUUAUGGCAUUCAAUGCAUGCCAUUUCUCAGCAGCUAUCACCAACUGUUGGUUGUUCAGGCAUUGAACUCCUUGAAGCAGAUACAUUUGAACUUUAUUGUUUCCAAUCCCUUACCGGGACAAAGUUCUUUGUGGUCUGUGAACCUGGGACACCACACGUGGAGGGUCUCUUGACAGUCAUAUAUGAAUUGUACACAGAUUAUGUUUUAAAGAACCCCUUCUAUGAAAUGGAAAUGCCCAUACGAUGCGAACUCUUUGACAUCAACCUAACACAGGUGAUACAAAAGGAUCGUGUUGCUUUGCUAGGGCGAUAAAUCACAUGAAUUUUGUCCCAAAACUUGUUGUUUUGUUUUCUUCAUUUGUGUAUUUACCAUGGUUGAAGAAUCGAAUUCUGAAAUACAUUUGGUUAAGCUAUGCUCGCAUACUUAAGAUGUAUGGAAGUACUUAACUGUUUAGCUCCACAUAGAAUUUGAAUCAUACAGUGCCUGUGGAACAGUGAAAAAUCUCCACAUAGAAUAGAUUGACUAGAUUGAUACUUGCUCUCA